AUGGACUAUCCGCCCUCGGCCCUAUAUCGCUACACAGGGACAACCCGCCCUCGGCCCUAUAUCGCUACACAGGGACAACCCGCCCUCGGCCCUAUAUCGCUACACAGAGACAACCCGCCCUCGGCCCUGCCUCGCUACACAGGGACUACCCGCCCUCGGUCCUACCUCGCUACACAGGGACAACCCGCCCUCGGUCCUACCUCGCUACACAGGGACAACCCGCCCUCGGUCCUACCUCACUGCACAGGGACUACCCACCCUCGGUCCUACACGGACUACCCGCCCUCGGCCCUAUAUCGCUACACAGGGACAACCCGCCCUCGGCCCUACCUCACUACACAGGGACUACCCACCCUCGGUCCUACCUCGCUACACACGGACUACCCGCCCUCGGCCCUACCUCGCUACACAGGUACUACCCGCCCUCGGUCCUACCUCGCUACACAGGGACUACCCGCCCUCGGCCCUUCCUCGCUACACAGGGACUACCCUCCCUCGGUCCUACCUCGCUACACACGGACUACCCGCCCUCGGCCCUACCUCGCUACACAGGGACAACCCGCCCUCGGUCUUACCUCGCUACACAGGGACUAUCCACCCUCGGUCCUACCUCGCUACACAAGGACUAUCCACCCUCGGUCCUACCUCGCUACACAGGGACUACCCGCCCUCGGUCCUACCUCGCUACACAGGGACUACCCGCCCUCGGUCCUACCUCGCUACACAGGGACUACCCGCCCUCGGUCCUACCUCGCUACACAGGGACAAUCCACCCUUGGUCCUACCUCGCUACACAGGGACUACCCGCCCUCGGUCCUACCUCGCUACACAGGGACUAUCCACCCUCGGCCCUACCUCGCUACACAGGUACUACCCGCCCUCGGCCCUACCUCGCUACACAGGGACUACCCGCCCUCGGCCCUAUCUCGCUACACAGGGACUACCCGCCCUCGGUCCUACCUCGCUACACAGGGACAACCCACCCUCGGUCCUACCUCGCUACACAGGGACUACCCGCCCUUGGUCCUACCUCGCUACACAGGGACUACCCGCCCUUGGUCCUACCUCGCUACACAGGGACUAUCCACCCUCGGUCCUACCUCGCUACACAGUGACUAUCCACCCUCGGCCCUACCUCGCUACACAGGGACUACCCACCCUCGGUCCUACCUCGCUACACAGGAACUACCCGCCCUCGGCCCUACCUCGCUACACAGGGACUACCCGCCCUCGGUCCUACCUCGCUACACACGGACUCCCGGCCCUCGGUCCUACCUCGCUACACAGGGACUACCCGCCCUCGGCCCUACCUCGCUACACAGGGACUAUCCACCCUCGGUCCUACCUCGCUACACAUGGACUACCCGCCCUCGGCCCUACCUUGCUACACAGGGACUACCCGCCCUCGGUCCUACCUCGCUACACAUGGACUAUCCACCCUCGGCCCUAUAUCGCUACACAGGGACUACCCGCCCUCGGUCCUACCUCGCUACACAGGUACUAUCCGCCCUCGACCCUAUCUCGCUACACAGGGACUACCCGCCCUCGGUCCUACCUCGAUACACACGGACUACCCGGCCUCGGCCCUACCUUGCUACACAGGGACUACACAGGGACUACCCGCCCUCGGUCCUACCUCGCUACACAGGGACUACCCGCCCUCGGCCCUACCUCGCUACACAUGGACUACCCGCCCUCGGUCCUACCUCGCUACACAUGGACUACCCGCCCUCGGCCCUACCUUGCUACACAUGGACUACCCGCCCUCGGCCCUACCUCGCUACACAUGGACUACCCGCCCUCGGUCCUACCUUGCUACACAUGGACUACCCGCCCUCGGCCCUACCUUGCUACACAUGGACUACCCGCCCUCGGCCCUACCUCGCUACACACGGACUACCCGCCCUCGGCCCUACCUCGCUACAGAGUGACUAUCCACCCUCGGCCCUACCUCGCUACAGAGUGACUAUCCACCCUCGGCCCUACCUCGCAACACAGGGAGUACCCGACAGCGGCCCUACCUCGCUACACAGGGACUAUCCACCCUCGGUCCUACCUCGCUACACAGGGACUACCCACCCUCGGCCCUGCCUCGCUACACAGGGACUACCCGCCCUCGGCCCUACCUUGCUACACAUGGACUACCCGCCCUCGGCCCUACCUCGCUACACAUGGACUACCCGCCCUCGGUCCUACCUUGCUACACAUGGACUACCCGCCCUCGGCCCUACCUUGCUACACAUGGACUACCCGCCCUCGGCCCUACCUCGCUACACACGGACUACCCGCCCUCGGCCCUACCUCGCUACAGAGUGA